AUGGCCUCACCAACCUUCUCCGAGCAAAUCAUUUACCAGCCAGCAAAGGCACCGGAAGAGCCGGGAACAGCCUACGCAGGGUUCAAGCCGUCAAGCAUCGUGCUUCCAAAGGGGCAUCAAAGGACUAGCGAAUGCAGAGCCCUACCGAUUGACCUGAUCUGGGACAGAGAUGUCAUGCUUCCGAUGCGAGAUGGAGUUCGCAUCGCUGCGGAUAUCUUCCGCCCAGCAGAUGCGACAACCCCGCUACCUGCGUUGAUGGCAUGGAGUCCUUAUGGAAAGACUGGAGCAGGUGUAAUUUCCUUGGACCUCAUUCCGCAUCGAGCCGGGGUCCCCAAGUCGCAACUGUCCGGCUAUGAGAAAUGGGAGGCUCCUGAUCCGGCCGAGUGGUGCAGGCGCGGGUAUGCGGUGGUCAAUGUGGAUGCACGUGGGGUCUUUGACUCGGAAGGAGAUAUACGAUGGCUAGGGACCGGAGAAGGACAGGACGGAUUCGACGCCGUUGAAGCCAUCGCAAGUCUCCCCUGGUGCAAUGGCCGUGUCGCCCUGGUCGGCAACUCCUGGCUCGCGAUGGCCCAGUGGUUCAUCGCUGCCGAGCGACCACCUCAUCUGUACUGUAUUGCGCCUCUUGAGGGUGCGACCGACUUCUAUCGUGAAACGCUGUGCAGAGGGGGCGUUCCCUUCACCCCGUUCUGGGCGAUGCUGCGCUCAUGCCUCAGCGGGCGUAACCGGGUCGAAGACCCGGUCGCAAUGGUGGAGCGGUAUCCAACGUGGAACUCCUACUGGGCGGACAAACGGGCGCGACUGGAGAAGAUUACUAUUCCUGCAUACAUCCUGGCAAGCUACUCGACCAUGAUUCACACUGAGGGCUCCUUCCGCGGAUUCACCGACCUCGCCUCUUCGCAGAAGUGGCUCACGGUGCACGCGACGCAAGAGUGGUACGAUCUCUACUCCCAGGAACGUAUUGAGGACCUCGCGCUCUUCCUCGGCCACUAUCUGAAGGACGAAGAAAACAGCUGGGAGCGCACCCCGCGCGUCCGCGCGGCGAUCCUGCCUUUCAACAAGCCCGCCUUGACGAACGUGCCAUAUUCCGCUUGGCCGCCCACUGAGACCGUUUAUGAGACUUUAUAUCUGCAUGCAGGGGGGAAUCUGUCCGCUCAUCCGGACGACCGCCCAGGGUCGUCGGUAGUCUAUCCCGCUGACAUCGCUGGGAUGCAAUCGGGCAAUGAUCCGGGAGAACUUGAGUUCGUGUAUACCUUCACGGCACCUAAAACACUUCUCGGACACUCGAAAGCAGUCUUGUACAUGUCCGCUCCAGACCACAAUGAUCUGGAUGUGUUCGUGCAACUCCGCAAAGCCGAUACGCACGGCACUAUUCUGGAACAUCUUAACAUCCCUCUGGAUGCGCUUCAGCUAGCUAGCAUCGACAAUGUCGAGCAGAUAAACCCGCUCAAGUAUCUCGGUCCUACGGGCAUCUUGCGCGCCAGCCACCGGCAGCUGGACUGCAGUCUGUCCAAAGCAUUCUACCCGGUCUACGCACAUGACAAGGAAGACAAGAUACCUCGCGGACAGGUGGUGCGGCUGGAGAUUGCCCUUUGGCCGGCCGGGAUUGCCUUCGAACCUGGGGAGUCGUUGAUUCUCCGCAUCGGCGGCCAUCCCCAGGUUCUGCCGGAAUUCUCUACCCUGGGCGGCAAAUGGACGACCUUGAAUCGAGGAUCCCAUGUGGUCUAUUGCGGACGUGAAUAUCAAAGCCAUCUCUGCCUUCCUUUCCUUGAUAACCAGGCUCCAUAA